AUGGGAAGAGGGAGAGUAGAACUGAAGAGGAUCGAAAACAAAAUCAAUAGGCAAGUCACCUUUGCCAAGAGAAGGAAUGGUUUAUUGAAAAAAGCUUAUGAACUUUCUGUUCUUUGUGAUGCUGAAGUAGCUCUGAUCAUCUUCUCCAAUAGAGGAAAACUGUACGAAUUUUGCAGCAGCUCUAGCAUGCUCAGAACAUUGGAGAGGUAUGAAAAGUGCAACUAUGGAGCACCAGAGCCACGUGUAUCCUCAAGAGAGGCACUGGAACUAAGCAGUCAGCAGGAAUAUGUGAAGCUAAAAGCAAGUUAUGAUGCUCUACAGCGUUCACAAAGGAACCUUCUCGAUCAGAUCAACAAGAACACAAGCUAUGCUGGAUACUCUCACAGAGCUUCAAGGAAAGGAGCAUGCACUAAAUGA